GAAAUAUAUGUGAAAGUGACGUCAUGGCUAGUCCAUAUUUCCAUUGUCUAUCCUAAUUUUUGAAAAUCAAAAUAAUAUAAACAAAUCCCGAUGAAGGAUUUAUCAAGGAAAACAUGAAGAAAUAUCACCAGUUAGUUCUACUUAUCGUAUCAGCUAUAAGUUUAUCCCUAUUCUUGGUAUACCGUCACGAAUAUAACCGUUUGCACUACGUCCUGGAAGUUUUCAACUUUUUCGGACAGCCAUGUAACUUCUCCGAACUGCAAAAGGCUGACUUCGUGGUAGAACAACAUGAUUGGGGUCCUCAACCCAUAUGGCAGGAGGUAGAUAACAGCUACGUCUACUCUGCCUUUUUGACAGGAACCAAGGAUGUGAAAGCCAUUGCCAUAUCUAACGAUGCAAAGAGUGUUCCCAGGAAUUGCUUUCUAUGGUUCGAAGAUAAAAAGAAGCCAACUCCAGGAAAGUUCAAGUUCUCGAAGAUGGCUACCGAUGCAGCCUACAACUUUUUUUGCUCUGGAUCAAAUCCAGAAUCUACCCCCUUUGCAGUGUCCUUUGGCAACAGGCCAGGCAGAGAGAGCGACUUGAAAAAAAUCCUGCUGACGGACACUUCAACUAGUGAACUGCGUAAAAAUGUGACUGUGUGUGUUUCUCCCAGUACGUUCACCAAGAAAAAGUUUAUUGAGUUUAUUAGUUUCCACAAAGUCAUAGGCGUUGAUUCUUUCAUAUUUUAUGAAAGCGACAUCCCUCAUAGGCUUUCUAAGCUGAUAAAGAAUCUGUCACAAAGACUUGAAGUGCAAGUGGCUUUCUUGCCAUGGAAUUAUCCAAAGCGGGAUGCUAGCUCAGCCAGGACAAUAGUUGAAAGUGAUUGUUUAUUGCGGACUUCCCGACAGUCUAAAUACGUAAUAACACUGGAAAUGAACGAGUAUUUGCUACCGAAACAGUCCUUGCAGAGCUUGUUUGAUGAAGUACCCAAUGGCAUACUCAAACUAGCUCUCCCUGUGAAAAAAAUCUGCGUCAACAACUUGACCCCUGAUAAGCCUAUCACAUUACAGAACUACGAAGCCAUCAGCGACUCCAGCUAUAAUGUAGUGCGAAACCUGUUCAGAAACGAUAAUGACAGCCUUGUUGACUUGGGUGUAGUACAGGGCCAAGCUUCGAUCCACAAGUACGUAAGGUGCAACUCUCUACUCUCCAAAACUAUCACGGAUUACAGUAUGAAUAAGUUCUCUACUGAUCUAACAAGAUCAACACUGGUUCAGCUGCUUUUACAGGGACAACUGUGAUUGUUUUAUGGACAGAUGAGAAGGAUGUCUUGAAGAACAUUGAAGAUUACAUUAUUCCUUUUUGUUGAGAAAUAUUUGUUGACCUCAAUCCGGACAGAGAAAAGAUUUGUCGAGACUACUUCUGAUGAAAAAUACUUCAUUGUUUCAGUUUAUGAUGAGAGUUAAGGUUCCCAGUUUUGUAUAUAUUGAACUACAUUAAUAUCCGAAUUACCUCAAUUUCUCUCGAACCCUGAAAAGUGCAUAUCUGUUCAAUUUUCCUUUGAAUCUUUGAAAUGUAGGUACUUAUUUAUAGGUUUGGUAGGCAGAAUAGGAAUCUCCGACGCGAAGUGAAUAAAAGAAACACUUUUUCCACAUAAGAACAAAAACAGCUCCUCCCAAAUUGUGUUUCUGUUACCAAGUUAGCAUCAUCAGGAAAUGAUAAUGACCGAGUGUAUUCUUCAGAUGUUUGCAUAUAAUUAUUUUUUCUUGAAAAAAACUGCUUACUAAUUUUCUUUUCAAUCAUUGAAAAGAAAAUAUCUGUAUAUAAUUGAGAAACAUUUGGAGGAAAACAAUACAGCACUCUCAAUGGAAAGACAAAUUAGUAUUAUAGUAAUUCAGUUAGUAGAUUGAAAUUUUUUCAUUGACUCAGAUAAUGACAACCUGAGAAGUUAUUGCAACUUUUUGAGUAUUUCUUCUGUAAAUUAUUGAGGCUGUUUUUCCUGGCCCACCCUGUAUAUUUGUACAAAGCUGAUUCAUGUAUGUCAAGAUGGUCUGGUUACACUUCAAGAUAUUUGUUUCAAUAUCAUCCAAGAGGAGGAUGUUUUUACUGGACUUCUUGAAAAUAAUGUUAAGUUAUAAAAACUUGUUAAGUAUUUGCGCUUGGCAGUGAAUGGGCUAAACUAGGAUGAGAACAUUGUGGAACGCCAAGAAUAGCAUGAUAUAACUAGCUGGGCACUUCUUUGAAAGUGAUAGAUUCAAACGACAAAAUUGUGAAAAAAUUUAUUAUAAAACUAAUAAAAUAUUUACAUUCAUGUAUAUAUGUAUAAUAUAGAUAUUGUAUGUCCAUACUUAUAAAAAUAAAGUAUUUUUGUUCAAGUGGUAAUAUCUACAAGACUA